AUGGGUAGGGUCAUUCGCAACCAACGAAAGGGUUCGUCCACCAUCUUCAAGGCGGUCACCCGUCUCCGAAAGGCACCGGCGAAGUUCCGAACCCUCGACUACGCUGAGCGCCAUGGCUACACUCGCGGUGUUGUUUCUGAGAUAAUCCACGACCCCGGCCGUGGUGCCCCUCUGGCUCGCGUCGUCUUCCGUGACCCCUACAAGUUCAAGCAGCACACCGAGACCUUCAUCGCCAACGAGGGCAUGUACACCGGCCAGUUCGUCUACGCCGGCAAGAAGGCCGCCCUGACCGUCGGCAACAUCCUGCCCCUGGCUUCCGUUCCUGAGGGUACCGUCGUUUCCAACGUCGAGGAGAAGGUCGGCGACCGCGGUACUCUGGGCCGCACCUCGGGCAACUACAUCACCGUCGUUGGCCACAACCCCGACGAGGGCAAGACCCGCAUCAAGCUCCCCUCGGGUGCCAAGAAGGUCGUCAGCAGCAGCGCUCGUGGCAUGAUCGGCAUUGUUGCCGGUGGUGGCCGUACCGACAAGCCCCUCCUGAAGGCUUCGCGUGCCAAGCACAAGUUCGCCGUCAAGCGCAACAGCUGGCCCAAGACCCGUGGUGUUGCCAUGAACCCCGUCGACCAUCCUCACGGUGGUGGUAACCACCAGCAUAUCGGUAAGGCCUCGACCAUCUCGAGAUACGCUUCUUCCGGUCAGAAGGCGGGUCUUAUUGCUGCGAGAAGGACGGGUCUGUUGCGCGGUACCCAGAAGACCAAGGAGUAA